CGUCUUCCCGCUCUCCGACAGCGGCCUCGUCUUGGCAUCUGCUGCUCGGGGAUGCGCUGAUCUCUCUUGAGCCUUUGCAGGGACAAGCACAUGGAGCGACCGGAGCCGCUCUGGGUGAACAGCAGCUGUUCUAAUGGUUCUUUGUUGACCCUGACUUGCUUGUCUUGGCAGGCAGUCUGUCAGGUCAUUGGGAAUGCUAGCCCAACAAUCUCACCUCAAGAAAAUCUUACUUUGGAUGCUGACUGGAUGGUGCAAGUAGAAAACAAAUAUGGUUUCUACAUCGGCUUGGCUCUGGCCAUCUUCUCCAGCUUUCUCAUUGGCAGCAGUGUCAUCCUCAAGAAGAAAGGACUGCUACGGUUAGUGGAGAAAGGAGGCACCAGGGCAGGGGAUGGAGGUCAUGGAUACCUAAAGGACUGGCUGUGGUGGGCUGGUUUGCUCACCAUGGGUGGAGGAGAAGCUGCCAACUUUGCUGCGUAUGCCUUUGCACCUGCAACCAUUGUUACUCCUCUUGGAGCACUGAGUGUGCUCAUCAGUUCCAUUUUGUCUUCAUAUCUGCUUGGAGAGCGGCUUAAUCUGUUGGGGAAAUUAGGUUGCAUGCUGAGCAUUGUGGGCAGCACGGUGCUUGUAAUUCAUGCUCCUGAGGAAGAGGAAGUCACCACUCUGAAUGAAAUGUCCUCUAAACUGAAAGAGCCAAGUUUCCUUGUUUAUGCUGGCAUUCUGUUGGUGGUCUGCCUGGUUCUGAUUUUCUUCGUGGCACCUCGCUGUGGUCAAACCAAUAUUCUCAUCUACCUCACCAUCUGUUCUGUCAUUGGGGCUUUCUCAGUGUCUUCAGUGAAAGGGCUGGGUAUUGCCAUCAAGGGCUUUUUUGCUCACCGGCCUGUUUUGCAAAACCCACUGACCUGGAUCCUUGUUCUUACUUUAGUGGCUUCUAUCACUACCCAAAUCAACUACCUCAAUAAAUCUCUGGACAUUUUCAACACUUCCAUGGUUUUCCCCAUCUACUAUGUAUUAUUUACCACCAUAGUCAUCACUACUUCAGUUAUUCUCUUUAAAGAAUGGGUUGCCAUGUCUGUGGCAGACAUUAUUGGGACAGUAUGUGGAUUCCUUACCAUUAUUUUAGGAGUGUUUUUACUUCAUGUCUUCAAAGAUGUGGAUCUCAAUAUGAGGAUCCUGCCACAAAUACUUCAGAAUACUGACCAGACCCAAGUAAUCAAGGAUGACAAAAAUAUCCUGAUAGAGCUUGAUAAUUCUGGCACCCCAGUUGACAGCAAACCCAAAGUAUUCAUGAUAUAUAGCUGAAACCCAAAAAAAUGAAUCUUCUAGCUUCAGAGACUUGGACCAGACUGUUUUUGGGAU